UCAGAACUUGUUCUUUAUCUAAUCAUGUAGAUAUUUAAAAAUAAAAUGAUAAUGAUAAUUAUGAUGGUAAGUUAUUGUCUAUUUAAAGAUGUGUUGUUGGAGGAAUAAUUUCAAACGUGUACUAAUUAUACUAUAUAAUUAUAAGGAUUUAUGCAAUAAUUGCUAGGAUUUAUGGGCUUUUUUGUUCGUUUUUUCAUUUGUGCAGUCCCAGUGCAGUAUGGUAUCAUUUGUACAGUAUUAUACAGAACUGCAAUACAUUAUACUGAAUUUGACUGUGUAUGCAUCUAUUUAACAUUGUAUUUUUAACUUUAACUUUUAGCAAUACAGAAGGCCUUCAAUCCGCUAUUGAGACUAUUUAAUAAAAUGUCACCAUAUUUUUGUUUGUAUAUAUGUAGUUUGUAUAGUUUAUAUUUUUUUAAGAGUAGGAAGUGCUUCCAAAAUGAGCUCCCAUGAGAAAAGAGAGAAUGAGGAAACCUCCGCUGACUCCAGCAGGAAAAAGAGACUGAGAUCAGAUGCUGCAGGAUCCAGUGUGUCUAUGAAAAGUACAAGUUCCAUGUCUACAUACAAUACAUUCAGUGAUGGAACAGUGACCUCUGCCCCACACAUAGUGGAGACAGAUAAUACAACUGCAUCCCACAAUCAGACCCACAUCAGGAAGAAAAGACCUGAAGAAGUCCUGCAAGUCAAAGACAGACACAAAACCAGCAUGAAGAACAAGUAUGAACACUUAUUUGAGGGAAACAAACUACAAGGAAAUGAAACCCUCUUGAACAGGAUCUUCACAGACCUCUACAUCAUAGAAGGAGAGAGAGAAGGGGUUAAUGAAGAACAUGAGGUUUUACAGAUGGAGAAAAUUCCCAGAAAACAACACUCACAACACAAUCCAAUCAACUGUAAUGACAUCUUUAAAUCAUUACCUGAAUCAAGAUGUGAAGAGAAAGACAAAAUCAAGACAGUUCUUACUAAAGGAAUUGCUGGAAUUGGAAAAACCGUCUCUGUGCAGAAGUUCAUUCUAGACUGGGCCGAGGGAAAAGCCAAUCAGGAUGUAGAUUUCAUGUUUGUGUUUUCAUUUCGAGAGCUGAACUUGAUUCAAGAUCAUCAGUACAGUCUUCACGGACUUCUGCUGGACUUUCAUCCUGAGCUUCGAGACCUGGGCUCAAAGAUUUAUGAAGAAUGUAAAGUGGUGUUCAUCCUAGAUGGUCUAGAUGAAAGCAGAAUGACACUGAUGUUUUCAGAUGAUGAGAAAGUUUGUGAUGUGAAUGAAUUUUCCUCAGUGGGUGUGUUGAUGUCAAACCUCAUAAAAGGAGAUCUACUUCCCUGUGCUCUCAUCUGGAUCACCUCCAGACCAGCAGCAGCUAGUCAGAUCCCAUUCAAAAAUAUUAAUCGUGUAACAGAGAUUCAGGGUUUCAAUGACCCUCAAAAAGAGGAAUAUUUCAGGAAAAGAAUCAGUGACCAGCAUCAAGCCAGCAGAAUCAUCUCACACAUCAAAAGAGCAAGAAGCCUCCACAUCAUGUGCCACAUCCCUGUUUUUUGCUGGAUCUCAUCAACUGUGCUUCAGAAGCUCCUGAAAGAAGAUGUUAAUGCAGAAAUCCCUCAAACGCUUACUGAAAUGUACAUCCACUUCCUGCUGAUUCAGAUUAAGAGACAGGAUGAAGAGAGAGUUCCAGACAAACUCCUUCAUUCCAAAAUAGAAGUGACUGUAAAACUUGCUAAACUGGCUUUCAAACAGUUGAUAAGGAGCAAUGUGAUGUUCUAUGAGGAGGACCUGAGAGAGAGUGGCAUAGAUAUCACUGACUGCUCAAUGUAUUCUGGGAUUUGCACUGAGAUCUUUAAGGAAGAAUCUGUGAUUCAUCAGAGGAAGGUCUACUGCUUCAUUCAUCUGAGCAUUCAAGAGUUUCUUGCUGCUUUCUAUGUAUUUUACUGCUAUUUAAAUGACACCAUGGAGGCCCUUAAAGAUUUUGAUUUAAUGCACAAUUUGCACAAAGGUGCAGUAGAUAAAGCCUUAGAAAGUAAAAAUGGACACCUGGAUCUGUUCCUGCGGUUCCUGCUGGGCAUCUCACUGGAGUCCAAUCAGAGACUCUUACAGCAUCUACUGACACACACAGAAAACAGCUCAGAGACCAUGAGGAGAACCACACAGUACAUAAAAGGAAAGAUCAAAGAUGGACAUGAACUCUCCACUGAACGAUCCAUCAAUCUGUUCCUCUGUCUGCUGGAAGUCAAAGAUCAGACUCUGUCCAAAGAGAUUCAGGAUUUUGUGAAAUCAGAAAAACACUCAGAGAAGAAACUCUGCCCUGCUCACUGCUCAACAAUUGCCUACAUGCUUCAGAUGUCAGAGGAGGUGCUGGAUGAGCUGGACCUCCAGAAAUACAACACAUCAGAUGAAGGUAGAAGCAGACUCAUACCAGCUGUGAUCAACUGCAGAAAUGCUCUUUUGGCUGGCUGUAAUCUCACUGACCAACAUUGUGAUACUGUGUCAUCCACUCUACAAUCCUUAACCUCUGUCCUAAGAUUGCUGGAUCUGAGUAACAAUGACUUGCAGGAUUCGGGAGUGAAGCUUCUCUGUGAUGGAAUGAAGAUGGAAAACUGUCAGCUGGAGAUACUGAGGUUGUCGGGAUGUAUGGUGACAGAAGAAGGCUGUCGUUAUCUGUCUUCAGCUCUGAGUUCAAACCCUUCACACCUGAGAGAGCUGGACCUGAGCUACAAUCACCCAGGAGAAUCAGGAGUCAAGCUGCUCUCUGACAAACUGAAGGAUCCAAACUACUCACUGGAGAUUCUCAAUUUGGUCCAUGGAGAGCCUUUCAGGAUCCAACCAGGAUUACAAAAAUAUUUCUGUGAUCUCACACUGGAUCCAAACACAGCGAGCACUCAACUCAUUUUGUCUGAGAAUGGAGAGAUGAAAUAUGUAGAAGAAGAGCAGCCAUAUCCUGAUCAUCCAGAGAGAUUUAAAGACAUUCCUCAGGUUCUCUGUCGAGAGAGUCUGACUGGACGCCAUUACUGGGAGGUUGAGCGGACUGGCUGGGCUCGUGUAGCAGUGGCCUAUAAAACAAUCAGCAGGAAAGAAGGGAUGAUCUGUAAGUUUGGAUACAAUAACAAGUCCUGGUGUCUCUUCUACACUGUUGAUGGAUUUGGUCAGCACAACAAUCUAAAUAAAAACAUUCCUGCCCCUUCACCCUCCUCUAACAGAGUAGGAGUGUAUCUGGACUGGCCGGCCGGCACUCUGUCCUUCUAUAGCAUCUCUGACACACACACACUCACACACUUACACACAUUCAACACUACAUUCACUGAACCCCUCUAUGCUGGGUUUAAGGUUUUUGAUUCCUCGCUGUCACUCUGUAAGAUCACACAACAGACAAACAACUGACUUCUGAUUCCAUCUUAAUCAUGGUCCUAUGUCUGUUUAUGAAAAGAUUUGAUGUAUGAAGUAUAUAAUGUAUGAAUUUUAAUAACUACACACUAUGAAUCAUUAAUUAAGCAUUAGUUAAUACUCAAUUCAUCCUUUAUUAACCAUUGUACCAAAAUUAUUAUACUUUAUUAAGCGGCUUACAAGUGCAUCUAUAAAUGCCUUGUUCUUGAGCAUAUAUAUAAUGUUUAAUAGUUGUAUUUUCAUGCUUUAUUAAUGAUCAGUUUAUUGUUUCUAAAUUAUUACAUUAUGUAAAAACAAUUAUUUAGGAGUUUUCAGUGUUUAAGAUCAUUUAGAAAGUAAAUGAUUAACAAAUUAUUUCAAUGCACAUUAUAAUAUCGUAUUAUUUAGACGCACGAUAAUAGUUUCUCAGUGUGUUAAUAAAUGCUUUAUUAACACAUGUUCGUCCUCUAAUUCAUGAUUAAGUCAAGUACCUAUAAAACAUUUAAUAGUUGCCAGCCAUCUAUUUUUGUGAGCUCAUAUAUAGUGAGGAAUAUUUUUACCUUGUAACACAUUUAUAAAGGAGAGGCAAAGUUAAACUAACACAACACAAGAACAGUACUAUAUAUAUAUAUAUUUAGCAAAAAAGGUGCAAAAAUGAAACCGUACAACUAUACACUUGAUAAAUGAAAAGACAAACCUCUGCACCCUGAAUCAUGUGUGUAAAUUAGGAGACUUCUAACAUGAGCAAAGUUCUGUUCUUCUGCUAUGGGUGGUGCUCCAGAUAAGGUUUUAUCAUCCUACCCCAGGUGGUACAUGACUCACAGGUUAGAAUCGGUCCCAACAAAAGGUCCUGUAAAAGUUUUAAUUAUGCCAGAAUUGAUUAUUGUUUUGUUUUGAUUUGGGUAUUUAAAGAAAACUGGUGAAUCAUUCAGGGAAGCAUCUAUAGACAGAAUGCUGACUCUUUGAUAUCAUUUUGAUGUUUGCUGAUCAGUUGUGUAAGAAAAAUGUAUUACAAUGUAUUCUCAAUUUGAAUUGGUUAAAAAUGGUAUUUUAUUGAUUUAAGAAUUGUUUAAUUAUGCCUGGCAAAAUAAAUGUUCAUUUUGAUUUA